AUGCAGUGUUACUUAUGUGGAGGACCUCAUCCGAGGUAUGCUUGUCCACGUAGGGAGGGUUACCGCAGGUGCAACAACUGUGGCAAGGAAGGCCACUUUGGGAGAGAUUGCCCCAAUCUUGCUAGGGCAGCGACACGCCCUCCAGUUCAGGCACCCCAGCAACAUCAGGGGAGAGACAGAGGCAACAGGCCUCAGGCGACGGGCAGAGUCUAUGCUAUGACAGGAGCAGAGGCGACUGGUUCAGGUAACUUGGUUAUGGGUUGCUGCUUGAUAGCUGGUGUAUCUUGUUGUGUGUUGUAUGACUCUGGAGCGACGCACUCCUUUGUGUCAGAUAGUUGUGUGAAACGUCUGGGUUUGCCAGUAAGCGAGUUACAGUGCGAGCUCGCGGUGUCUACUCCGGCGUUGGGAUUGGUCACGACGUCGUCUUUGUGUGCUAGGUGUCCAGUGGAGGUAGAGGGACGCAGGUACAAGGUGAAUCUAAUCUGCUUGCCUCUGCAAGACUUAGAAGUGAUCUUAGGGAUGGAUUGGCUCUCUGCCAGUCGUGUCCUUAUAGACUGCCGGGAGAAGAGGUUGUUGUUUCCCGAUUCAGAGGAUCUCGAGUUAGUGUCCCCCCAAGGGGCGGUGAGGGAAAUUCAGAGUGGCGCGCAGUGCUUCAUAAUCUUCGCUCGUAUGGAGGUGGGAGAGAGAGAGAGACCAUCAGUCAUACCUGUGGUACAUGAGUUUGAAGACGUGUUUCCAGAUGAAGUACCAGGGUUGCCUCCCAGUAGAGAAGUGGAGUUCUCUAUUGAUCUAGUCCCAGGAACAGGCCCGGUCUCGAUGGCCCCAUAUCGCAUGGCUCCGGCAGAAUUGGUAGAGCUCAAGAAACAGAUAGAAGACCUGAUGGAGAAACGUGAUGUACAGAAGACAGCCUUCAGAUCCAGGUAUGGCCACUAUGAGUAUGUGGUUAUGCCUUUUGGCGUGACCAACGCCCCAACAGUGUUCAUGGACUAUAUGAACAGGAUCUUUCGACCCUUCCUAGAUAAGUUUGUCGUGGUCUUCAUAGAUGACAUCCUUAUCUACUCCCAGACUCAGGAAGAACAUGCAGAACACCUGAGGUUGGUGCUUGGUGUUUUGAGAGAGAAGCAGUUGUAUGCCAAGUUAUCCAAGUGUGAGUUCUGGAUGGAUGAGGUUCAGUUUUUGGGGCAUGUGAUAUCCGCCCAAGGGAUUGCAGUGGACCCGGCAAAGGUCGAGGCAGUGGUAAAGUGGGAAAGCCCUAAAUCAGCCACAGAGAUCAGGAGUUUUGUGGGAUUAGCGGGCUACUAUAGGAGAUUCAUAGAGGGAUUCUCCAAGAUAGUGGCGCCUCUAACUUUUCUUACACGGAAGGACCAACCUUUCACUUGGACGGAUAAGUGUGAGGAGAGCUUUCAAGAGCUAAAGAAGAGAUUGACGAGUGCUCCUAUAUUGGUAAUUCCGGAUGUGGGGAAACCGUUUGAAGUCUACUGCGACGCGUCUCAUCUUGGACUUGGUUGUGUUUUGAUGCAAGAAAAGAAGGCGGUGGCAUAUGCUUCGAGGCAACUUAAGAUACAUGAGCGCAAUUAUCCCACUCAUGACUUGGAAUUGGCGGCUAUAGUUUUUGCCUUGAAGAUCUGGAGGCACUAUCUGUAUGGUGCUCAGUUUCGGGUGUUCAGUGACCACAAAAGUUUAAAGUACUUGUUUGAUCAGAAAGAGCUGAACAUGAGGCAGAGGAGGUGGAUGGAAUUCCUAAAGGAUUAUGACUUCGAGCUCCUAUACCACCCGGGGAAGGCAAAUGUAAGUGCUAUGGGUAGCAAGCUCACCAUGAGUUCGGCUUAUCACCCUCAGACCGAUGGCCAGUCUGAGAGGGAUGGAGAGGCCGUGUUGGUUGGACCUGAGUUGUUAGAGCAGACCACCGAGAAGAAACUGCUUGGCAGAUUUGAAGGUCUGCCAAGUGAUGCAUGGAUUCUGAACCCAUUUUCUGGGUUUUGCUCAGAACCUCUUGGCGGUGCGGGGAUUUCUGGGAACUGCCGAGAAUCUGAAGCACUGCCUAGCGGUACUCAAGUUGCUGCUAGGCGAGAGGUGCUGACUAGCAGGCUCUUGGUGGUUGAUUGGGUGGGGGCAAAGUGGGGAUUCUGUUAG